CUUUUUCUUUUUCUUUUUCUUUUAUAAUUUUACCUUUCUUUUUUCCUUCGUCGAACCCUCAGCUUGUGAACAUUCAUGCCAGCACGCACUAUUGUCGUGAACCAAUAAUAAUGAAUUCGAUGCUGACACUACGCUGCGUAGACAGGACUGUUACCGGCGGGCUUCUCUAGAGGGUUUUGCCUCGGUGGGGCCACCUGAAAAUUUCAUUGGCUCGGCUUUACAAAUCGCUGUCCAGAGGAGGAAUAACGGGAGUAAGGACUGUUCGCUUUGUUAUGGGCCGAAUGAUCAGGAGAGCUUAGCGUUUAGCGCGUUAAUUAAUCUGCCUUUUUAUCUCAAGGGCUCCAGAAUCUCCUUUGGUUGCCGGAACGAGACAUGCACUCUGAUAAUCAUCCCGUUUCUUCAUCGACUGUCUUCCUUGAAUUUAGAUAACGUCUUCGGGUUCUGCGUUUUUUUGCCAAUGUCAAAGGGCGCUGAGGUGAGCCUCUGGGGACUGGAAGUUUAGGAUAUCAUGGAGGGAACCAUGAGCAAUAGUUAUUAUUAUGUUGUUAGUUUAGGCAGAGGGAAAUCGAAUGCCGAAGUUGCCCAUGGAUGCUGAUCAGCUGGUGCGAACUCAUAUGAGAACUUGUAAGAUGCCGUUCUUGAGCGGUGGGAAUACUGUACAUGCUGGGAUCCCGAUGAGCCAAACACUCUGUUGACCUCAUGUCUGAGACUAGACUGCAACCUUGAAUGUUUAUUAUUCCAUCAAUAAUACAGGGCUCACGGCAAUCAGCUUUGCACAUCCGAACCCAGUCUCUGCUUCAGCCUCAAAUCCUGCUGUACUGUGUAUAUGGCACAACAACGGCUUUGGUGGAGCCUUUAUCAAUGCCGGCCUCGUCCUAGACUUCGCGACCAAUAUUCGUAGAAGUCAAUCAUUAAUGCAGGACCGGUCUCUGUUUGAUAUGCCUCCGCUGCCAAUAGUAAAUAUCACAGCUUCCAAGCAACAGGGAGUUUGUCUGAUUCAUGGUUGGGGUCUGGCUGCAUAAAUUUACCGACACCUCCCAAAGUUUGACUCUUUGCUUGCAUGAUUUAUUGUAUCUAUCCAAUUUCUCCGUGUUGAGAUUGCUAGCCAUCCAAGUUCAGCGGGGGGUUCAAGCGGAUCCGGGCUGUGCGUUGACUCUUGGACCAGUUCGUUAGGGCUCAGACAACCAUCCCAUCACUAUCAGAAAAGGCUCCAACCGUAGACGGCAACCCACCCGCAUUGUGGCGUCUUGAUAUGAUAUGCCUAUCAAGCUCCGCUAACUACGGAGUAAUGUAAUGGUGCAUAGCAUAGUGGAGAAGUUGUCUUUUAGCAUUUGGUUGGGAUCACUGGGGCCAUGGUGAUUGAAUGAUAGUUGAAUCGUCGUCACUACUGCGUAAUGUGUGGAGGAGGGAUGGAUGGAUUGUUCGAUACGAAUACGCUUUACGGAUGAUAACCAUGAUUCCACGAACAAACUGAUGCCUCUACUUCAACCAUUCCAUUCCCUUAUCAUUUUGAUUAUUUUUGCUAAAUGGGUCCACACGGGAAGCCAAGGGCUACUUGAAACAACAUAUCCGUCUCCCAAUCGACGCAGCUUCUGAGAAUUGCGGCCAACACUAAACCUAUCGCGGCGAGGUGUAUGCAAGUGAUAUACACACUCUCCUCCAUCUUUCAAUCCUCAGAAUCACACUGGUUGCGUAUCAUGUCAAAUCGCAUCGUACUUCGCCCGUGCCAGGUGCUUGGGCGGAUUUCUCACAGCGGACUGGACUGGACUGCUCUUGGGAGCUGAGAGCCCCUCCUGCAAAGUUGUUUUUGAAGAAUAAUAUUCAGACAAAACGGCUGACUUGUGAUAAGAAAAUGUGCAUAAAAGUGCUGUACAUAGUUACAUCACCGGGAUCUCUCAUUUAACACCCAACCACCCCUACCACUCAGGGCUAACUAUGAAGCCUUCCGUUGGUAAGAUUGAGAAGAUUGGAAUAUGUUCUAGGUCUCGAAGCGAAGAAUGAGCAAAUCGAUCACCAACGGCUGGGUGCUGGUACCGUGGUACCGCUCUCCUUGGACAUGGGACGAAUUAUUGCCCCCGCAGAAGCAGGAACAAAAACGUACGCAGUAUUUUAUUCCUAACUUAUCCUUGAAGGCGAGCACCGACUUCGCCGAGCGACGCCCACGCACGCCUAACGACGCCUAACUCUGGCCCUCUGGGCACAAGUUUGUAAAGAAGAAUGCCUAGCCUAGCGUGGUUCCCUAGUUGGGGGCUAGAACCCCCCUAAAUAUCGGCUGCAGCUUGCAGCUGGCUAUUCUUCCCAGCAACCUUUAGCUAAAUCCAUAGUUAAAAAAAGGACUCCAGCCCCCCUCAAUAUCCAAAAUUUGACAGUGGCAGGGUGGGUAAUUUGCCCCGGUCCCAUCCUUUCUUUGCGGUGGUGGGGUGGUCUCCUAUCACCGGCAUCAUGCAUUCUUCGAUUACGAAGCGGUUACAGCGCGCGCUACGGAUUUCCUUGGCUUGAAUGUUUUGCUUUCCAUCGCACAUUAGUUUCAGCUUCGUCCUCACGUAACUUGCUUGACCAGGGCAACAAAAGUUUAGAUCCCAGCUUUUUUUCCCACGCAUAUACAUCGUUUUUCUUCUUGCGGCCCCGGACACCUGACCCACAAGAAGAAUGCUAGUUUGCCAACAACUUUCUUGUCCUCAUAUGGAGAGAUGGAUUUCAAUGCGGAUGGAGAAAGUCGGAACUUGCUCAGGAUGGACAAACCUAACUUUGCUUAGUUCAGGCAUUUUUUAUUAUUCUCUGUAACACAGUUUGGGAAGAAGAUCAGAAAGUUUCAGGUGCUGUGAACCGACCUGAAGCCGAACCAUCAGACUGGCUUCCGCUCUUUGAGAGACGGUUUGUCUUUGAAUGAGAGCUAAAUAAUAAGUUGGGAAGUGUUGCGAGGUUUGCAUAAUUAACUUACCCAGGUACGACGAAACGAAGAAGCAACUUUUGUUUUCCUGACCGCCCUCACGCACCACCCACCCCUUGAUACAGAAGUAACAGAACAGGGUUUGAUAAAUGAUUGUCGUAGACGGAGACAUCCUACACGGACUGGACUGCCCCUCUUUUUCUCUUAUAACAGUGAUCUCAAGGCCUUGCGAUGUGUCCACGCUUAUCGUUGAGCUAAAAGCCCGAUUAGUCGGCGAGAAAAAACCUUCUCCGUUAAGAGAGUUUGAGUUUGCACCUGUUAGGUUUAACUAUCUGUGCGCAAAACCACGCUGCAGAGCAAAAGUUUCUCAGGUAUCCACUACUACCUAGGUAGCUCGAUUUCUCUGGUGGACACUGGCAUGUGUGGUUUGCUUUUGGAAUUUUUUUUCUUUUUCCCCCCCAUUUUUGCCGCUUUCGCUGAGGUGGCAUCUUUUUUGUGACUCAAGACAGCUUACUCCGUAGUUAACGGGUGGACGGGCCACGGCCCCGUCGGGGCAGUUUGUAAUAAGAUCCAACAUUUUGAAUCCAGAAGAAAAAUUGUGGCACAGGUCUGGUAAGACGCUCCUCAGCACCGAGAAACCAAGGGAGAGGUGCACCGUAAGAUGAUGGGCUUGAAUGACACUGUGAGCACAAAUAAAAACACAACAAGCCAUCAAUCAUCCUUUUGGGCGGGCGAUAUUCCCUAUUCCUGGUCCAGUCUAACUCCAGCAGCCGUGGCCCGUGGAGUCAGUCCGUCAGCCAGCGUUCGUGGGAAUAAACUAACCGCAUUUCUCCAGUGGAGUGCCCCGUAUUACCUGCGGAUGUUAUGGAAACCCAGAACCCAGACAUAUUUUUUGUUCCUCUGCCAUGGCUUGCUCCACCCUUGAAUUCCGAGGCCAGGAGCGAAAUAUAGAAAGGCGCUGUGCAAGAGGCUAAAAAUCCCCAUGCAACUCUGGCAUCAUUGUAUGUAUGAUGUCUGCAAACACGGAACAUUUCUGGGCGCGUCACGACUCACAACCCCCUGUUCUGGGACCAGGACCCGUCCCAUCGGCUUAGGUUCAUUAUUCAUCUUUGUGGCUCUGGGAAAAAAGGCGGCAACCAAGUUACGACACGGACAAGGAAGACGUGGGUGGAAUGGCUUGCGGCGCCCCAGACCCAUCUCGCUAAGAAAGAAUCCAUUUGAGUAGUUGAUAUUCAGGGUACCCCAAACACGAAACUUUUGCUGUUGCUAAAUAAUACCACCUUUCUCUUUUUUUGUUUUUCCAUCUCCUGAACCUUCUUUUGUGUGGACUUUGACUAUCUUGGGUCCUCGGACAAGAAGAAGUGCAACCAGCCAACAGCUCGGCUGUUUUAGACCCAUACUCUUUCAUGUCAUGUCAUUUUCCCCUGCUUCCAAGUGCCUUGCCCUACCAAACUGCAUGGCGGGUUCCUACUACGCAAUAAUAACAAUUAAUGGACUCCAGCCGCCCAGAUCUCUUGUAUCAGAAAUGGGUCAUUUACUUAUUCCCUUAUUAUUAGACAUGAGAAUCCUAUCCAUAGCCUUGCGCAACUAGUGGUUUUCGACUCACCCCGUCGACUAGUACAUGUAUAUAUAUAUAUACGCAUACAUAACAUAUAUAUAACUAUAUAUGUGCACUGAUGGAACCAAGAACGCGGCUUACAUACAGUACAUGCUUGCAUACUUACUACAUCGCAGCCUUUUUAUAUUCACAAGCUUUCGCAUAUUUUCUUGCAUCCUUUCUUUCAAGUCACAAAACCAAAGUUCUAAUGAAUCAUACUCUUUGAUCAUGGCUGACAACUGUUGGUAUCGGCCUUCUUUCGUUGGCUCGGCCAGCAAUAUUCCAUUCUCUACUCCCCCCGAGGGCGGCCAUACGUCACAACAACGACGAAUCCACCAUCGCAUACUUAAAACCACAAGUGCUGAUAACAGUCCUAGCCGGAUUGCAAAGCGAGACAUGAUGGUGAACCAUUGCCAUGGACAGCGUCGCGCCAUUCGAAAUAGUAUGCGCGAACAGUCAUUCCAUUUCGCUCUCCAGGGGACCGUUCCAGAUGCGAGACCAGCUAGAUCUCUCUCGUCUCCCCGGCAUCCAACCACUACAUAUUCCAACAAUACUCGAUCAUCACGCACGCUCCAGGCUGGAACAUAUCAACCUAAUGAAAUGCUUACACCGCCAACCUAUAUGAAUAACAAUGGAUUCUACAUUCAACAAUACGUCCCCAAUCUCUAUGCCAAUCAAACAGGCACUCCAAUGGAAUUCCCGCAAUACCAGCUUGAUGUUUCUAAUCGCAACUCUCUCUACGUCAUGGAAUCACUCUCUUCGGACCCACCUACAACAAACUAUUUGCUCUCUUCAAUUGGCUACGGUAUGCCUUGCGCAAAUGAUACUGAGAGUAGCUCAACAGUGCCAACUACACUUUCAGCACCGAACGUCCUUCCUACUCAGCACAAUGACAGUGAACCAAAAACCCCGCUCCUCAUUCCCGAUAGGGAAGAACCCGGCGAAGAACUGGUCGGUGUGGGGCUCUACGACGAACCUGAAGGGCUACCGGUCUGGGACUACUCAAUGAACGGCUAUUUGAGACUGAGCAGUAACACAGAUUCUCCAAUAUUCUUAAAGCGGUCUGGGGGUAAAGGGCUGAAAUUGGAGGAAACGUUUGACCCCUCCACCAUCAAAAUUUCUGACGAUGAUGAUAGCGAUGACGAGGAGGGGGGACAAAAUAAAACUGAUACCGAGAAGGAAAAGGAUCAAGGCAAUUACCACGACGACUGUAGCCAAAGGAAGCAAAACCAGAGGCCGGAUGAGAUACAAACGCCAGAGGAUCCUAAUCCUCGGAUCGAGCGAAUGAUGCAAGCAUCCCACAGCCCCUUCGAGAAUCCUUCUCACUUUCAGCAAAAUGAGCCAUGGCUUUUAUCUUCUCAACAGCAUGAUCCCGAUAGUAGUCCUGUGUAUCAUCUGGAUAUGGCUGGCAGGUCGUUUUUCUUUGAGGACGAGCAGGACUCGAAUCUCGUACCUAGGAAAUCGAACCAGGAAGUCAUGGGUUUCCCCCCCAAUAUGUUUGUACCAUCUUAUAGUGGUUCUAUGUAUGGUUGGAUUUAAUGGAGGGGAGAUUGACCAUUGUAUCUCCUCAAUUUUUUAUUUUUUUUUCCAAGCGUGGAGUUUGUUUGGGAUCGUAUUGCAUAGCAUGGUACGGUAUCAUAGAACAUUGCAUUCUGGUUAAUUAAUUUGUGGCCAUUUGAAGGGGAGGCGUGCAACAUGAACAUCUCAAGAGCUCAUUCAGUGUUUGGUUAUAUAAUAUAGAAAAUACUAGUUAACUAACUUAGUUACCUUUCAACACAAUUAUCUAUGAUUUGAAUUCUGCUUUUCAAUGUUGUACCCAGCAAC